UGCUUUCUCACUCUACCAAAUUUUGUCAGUUGACAUCCUUCGUUUGGGGGAGAAAGAGGAAGAGAGAGACAAAGAGGGAGGUAAAAGGGGAACGAAGAAGGUGAGUUUGAUAUUUUGAGAAAAAAAUUCUCGAAUUUUGAACUCAGUUUAUGACAACUUCUCCUUACUAACUACAUAACAAUUCUUCAAAUUCUGGGGUUAAAGUUUCGAUUUUUAUCGAUGUUCUUAACUAUUGAACUUCACCCAAAAAUCUGGGUUUCUCCGAUUUUGAAAUAAACCCCUCUGUAAAAGUCUCCAAUUUUUCAUUUUUUGAUUGAUCAAAUUAUUCCUGGUCUUAGGGAUUUUUCUUUAUAUUUUUAAAAAUUAAUUUUGUUUUUGUAAUCAAUGCUUUGAUUUGCUUCUAUUUUUAUCUGAGUUUUUUUCUUUUAUUUUCUUUUCCCAUCCGUUUAUUCUAAAUUGGGAUACUUCUGUCAUGUGGGCUUGAAUUAUUGUUACGGAUUUUCCAAAAUUAGAAAUAUUUUUUUCAGUUAAAAAUAUAAAAAAGGGUGGGUCAGUGACAUAUAUAUGGACUAUUGAAGCAAGUUCUUGUUUCUAGUUGUUUCGGUUGAGAUUAUUUUGCCUUUUGCCUUAUUCCAUAUCAAGAUUCUGUUUUUGUGACUGAGAUUGUAGUGAAUUAUCUCUAUUUGGGUAAAUUUUUUUACCUAAUAUUUGAUUGAUUUCUGGGUUACUAUUUCCCCUCAAUAAUUUUUCUUUCUCGAAGUGAUUGUCUCCAAUUUCUAAGAUUUCUGGGUUACUUAAGUAUUCACUUCAUUCAUUUCGGGUCAAAGCACUAAGCUUUGAAAGGUUACCAUAUUGUUUGAAAUUCAACCCCCCCUUUUUUUUUUUCUCUGGGUGUUGUUUAGUUUGUGCAUUUCUCAAAUGGCAUUUCCAAGGUUUAAGUUGUGGGGUUUACCCUUGUGGGGUGGAAAAGAGGAGACAGAAAAUUUUACCAACAUGUGUUCUUCAAAUUCUUCACCAAAUAAUGGUUUUGGGGUGAGAGAAAUUGAGAGUGUGAAAUUUCCAGUAAGAGGAACAAAGAUGAACUCUUCUUCUUCAAGAAAGAUUAAGAAGAAAUGGCAUAGUAGAGAAGAGAGAAAGAUUGAGAGAGAGCAUGAUGUUGUUAUUGUCCCAAAAGAUGGAGUUUGUUUAUCAGGGUCUGAAUCUGAGGAUUCUGAUUGGUCCAUUGGGUGGCUGGAGCCACAUGGACCUGAUUUCUUGAGUGAUGAUGAGACUGAUGAUAGUUUUGCAGUCUUGGUUCCUUGUUAUAGGAAUGAUAGAAGGGGGCCAACUGAAGGGCCUAAUAGUAAUAUCCAGCUUUUGAACACCAUCAAGAAUUUCACUAGUGAGCCCUACACUGAAGGGAAGAACAUGAUGGACCAAUGGCUUUCUUCGCUGCAGAACUUCUGAAGCCCACUGUUUCUAUAAUGUUUGAUAAUAAAUAAAGUGGUUCGUUUGUGUCAUUGGAGUUUGAAUGUACCAUUAUAUCUAUGUUUAAACUGAAAGUUCGCCCUGCAAAGAAACAAUGAAGGUUUGGGGAGGAAAGUGAAAGAUCAAUAAGUGGUCUGAAUGAAGUAAUUCGCAAGUGUUCUGAAGAUCAGGAGCAGAGAUGGCCUAAGAUGUUUGGAAAUCUGGAGAACAUUAAUAUCCAGCAACCGUUUUUGGAAUUUGGUGAUCUAGUUGAUCCUGAUAUUAUAAUCGCAUUUUCGAUCAUAGGUAGGUCAGACUGAAAUGGGUUGCUGAACCUUUUCCUCAAGAUUCUAAGUUACUGUCUGUACAUACCAUUAGAAUGUAAAUAUUUCGUAAUUUGAUCAUAUGCUUAGACUUCCCCCAACUUCCAUUCUGAAGUAGUUUGUAAAUAUUUCAGCUUUCUAUUGUUUUCGUAGGCUCUUAUGUUAUUCAAACGAACAAGCAAAGCUGCUAGUACUGGUAUGCAAAACUGCAGUAUCCAUAUGAUUAUAUAAGGAUUCGCAAUUCCGCAGACCGUACCUUAUUGUAUUAGGCAAUAUAGCUAAUAGUUUCCAUAUAUCUUAUUACUAGAAUAUCUGAUGUUUUGUGAUAUUCCUCGAAACAUUAGGGGAGUUCGAUUAUAUUUGAUCAAACCUGAAAUUUAUCUUUUAA